AUGUGGGAUGGUGGAAGCCCCGAUCUCGGUGGUAGAGAGUACACGGAUCCAAACGAUCCGAGGUUCAUCGACCAGUCUCCUUACUUCACGGCCAUUUCUAUACCGGCCGCCUGGAAGCGCCUGGCUGAGUCUGGCCGCAGGAGAGAAGCUGUCACCAUUGCUCUGAUUGAUCAAGGGUUAGACUCCAAGCACGAAGACUUACAAGGCAAUGCUAUCACCGGAUAUAACGUCGUUAAUGAUAAUACCGAUACGGCCCCUCGAACUCCUCAUGGCACGCAGAUCGCUGGAAUUCUCGGUGCCGUUACCAACAACAAAAUUGGGAUCGCCGGGAUAUUAGACCACGUGCGGCUCAUGCCUAUAUAUGUAACCCCCGAGCUGUGUUAUAUGAGGAAGGCCUUCUAUCACAUUAUCAAGCACAGGAAGGAGAACAACGUGAAAAUUAUCGUAGCCCCCCUGGCGACGUCCAAUUCAUGCUUCAAAGACAUGGUAAAGCAGGCCUCCGACGUUGGGAUCCUUGUUGUUGGACCUAUCGGUAAUGAUGGAAAAGAGAUCAGAACAGACGUUUACCCAUGUGCGGUGAGCUCCUCGGCUGGAGGUGUGAUCUGUGUAGCUGCUACUAGCAGGACUGGGAUGCGGCUCGAUCCCAUGAGCAGCUUUGCCUCUUACGUUGACAUCGCCGCGCCUGGGAAUAAUAUAUUGACCACCUCGUUGGACCCUCUAUACGAACACGUUUCUGGGUCGUCAGCGUCUGUAUCGAUCAUAGCAGCCAUAGCUGGAAUACUCUACAGUAUAGACUCUUCUCUAAGUCCUGGAACUGUGAAGAGCAUUCUCAAGGAGACCGCAACUCCAGGUGUUAAGGACAGUACUGGCAAGACUUCACUUAAUUUUGGCCGUGUUAAUGCGGACCAAGCCGUCGCUCGUCUCCUGAGGUAG